AUGACUAAGAGCUUGAGUUUAGCAGAUGUUAGGCUUACGUUCCAACGGGCCUUUGGGCGUUGGGCCGCGGUGAUUCCCAUAACAUUCGUAGAGAUAAAUGAUGUGAAUUAUUCGGACAUCAAGAUUGGAUUCUAUGUCGAUGAUGGAUUUACUUUCAAUGGGCUGUUGAGAAAAACGGCUCACUCUUUCCUGCCAGAAAUUGGGUUACUCCAUUUCGAUAGAGAAGAACUGUGGGUGAUUGAUCAAGAUAAACUAAAAUUUGAAUUAACUGUGGAUCUAGAGACAAUUGAUGUCCAUAAAAUUGGUCACAUACUAGGGUUGGAUCAUUCUAGAAUUAAGUCCGCUAUUAUUUACCCAACUGUGGGUACUCAAACCCGAAAAGUUAAUCUCACAAAUAAUGACGUGGAUGAGAUACAGCAAUUAUAUGGAGCAAACCCAAGAGUUCGAGCUGGAGCAAUUUUAUGGAGACGAGAACAAGUUUUGGUUGGAGCAUGCUUUUGGGUGUGA